GCGAGCUGACCAUCUCCAGAAACAGCAGAAACCGCACUGGCGGUAGCGUUUUUCUCUCGAAAGCGAGGCGGGCGUUGGCCACGCGGUUUACCAGCGACGCCGUUGAUGCGGUUGCCGUUGAGGGCUUGGGAAGAAACGGGGGCGGGACUCGUUCAAGAAGCCGUGGUGGGCUGGGGGGAGAUAAAGAAUAGUCAAACUUGGACCUGGCCACCCCCCAGGGUCAACGGUCUAUAUAUAAAGCCCUUCUCCCUCCCCCCACUUCUCCUGCCACCAGAAGCCAACCUUCCAUCCCGCUUCCCCAUAUUUCCGGUUGUUGUGUCGUCAGAGGAAGUUGGCCGGAGGAGAUUCCUUUUCGAGCCUGCUCAGCUCCCGGUUUCGUCUCGCGAUUUGGCUCCGAGCAUUUUCUUUGCAUUUCGCUUGAAGCAGGUGGGAGAAGGGCGGAGGAGAAAUGGCUCAACGUUCGCGCGUACCCCAAUUUGGCAAAUGGAACGCUGGUGAUGACGUUGCUUAUACUGUCUAUUUCGAAAAAGCACGCGAGCAACGAGGCAACGGUGGCGUGAAAGUGGGGAACCCGAAUGACCCGCAAGAGAACCCCAACUUACAUCCCAAAGGUGCACCUGAGUCCAAGUUUGCUCCUCCUCCUCCCCGUAAACCUAGGUUUUCCACUGAGGAGCCGAGAGGACCUGAACCUUCUAGGAAGUUGCAGGAGAGGAGGGCGAGGGCAGACGACAGCGACCCAAGACGGUCUGUCAACCCCUCGGCAGGUAAAGACAAUGCAGCAUCUCGGACCAAUGACUCGAGACACCAAUACUCGUUCCAUGGGGCCGCCUAUGGUGAGCCUUACAAGAGGCAGGCUGGCAAUCCUGGUUAUGAUCACAGUUUCGAACGGUCACCUCAUCAUCACCAAACGAAAUCUCCAGGCCGAGCUGCUUAUGGGAGCAGCCCUGGGGCCCAGGGAAGAUCCCAAAUGAGAGCAGACGAUAGCUCUAGCAGAGGUGCUGCAGUUCCACGAUUCGGUGAUUGGAAUGUGAAUGACCCUGCAUCUGGUGAUGGCUACACUGAUGUUUUCAACAGAAUAAAGGAAGAGAAGCAGAGAGGCCCUGGUGCAGCAAUGUCGCCUGGUCCCAAUGUCCGCGCAUCGCCAUACACCGGCAACAGGAAGCCAAAUCCAAGGGACAAUCCCAAGGGCUGUUGCUUCCCCUGGUUCUGAAGUCGAGGCCUGCAAACUCAGUCGACGACGGUUCUGGCCGCCCGUGAAUUGUAAUUAUCUUUGAAGGAUCAUUCGCCUUUCGGAGAGUUUACUUCUUUGGUCAUCAUUCCUUAGCUUUUGACCGUGAAACUAUUUUAUUCCUCUGUGUCUGGUCUAGUGCUGUGUCGUAGACAUCGAUGAACGUCUCUGUACUGCUUUUUUGCUGUCUAUCCGGUCUUGAAAGACAGGAGCUUUUUAUAGAUUCCUUUCAAUGUGAUCGUUUUCAAUACAUGGAAUGCGAAUGCAUAAAGUUUUCUCUUC